CGGUAGGGUAGGGGGCGGGAGUCUCCGCCGCCAGUAGGCUUCGAGCACACACUGAGGAAACUGGUCGAGCAGACAGGUCGCACUUCCUCACCAGUCGCCUGUCACUUACACCUGGGACUUAUUUAUGCUUGAUAUACAUUCACGGGGAAAUGGAAGUCGUUGGAUUUUACCGCAGAACUGCGCCGUGUCGUUGCGUGACGUGAUGCGGAGAAGGAGCCCGGCGUUUGGAGGAAGAUAUUGAUGCUUUUGAGAGGUUUAAUCGGAGUAGCUAGUAGCUAGCCGCUGCUAGCCCCAGUGCUGGCGGCUCCAGGCGGAAGGGACCGAGAGGACAGAGAGGAUGCUCCGCUGGACCCGGCAGCAGCUGGGCUUCGACCCGCCCCAUCAGAGUGACACCAGAACGGUGUACGUGGCCAACCGGUUCCCCCAACAUGGCCACUACAUACCUCAACGCUUCGCUGACAACAGGAUCAUCUCAUCCAAGUAUACCAUUUGGAACUUUGUCCCCAAGAAUCUGUUUGAGCAGUUCAGGAGGAUAGCCAACUUCUACUUCAUCAUUAUCUUCCUUGUACAGCUGAUGAUCGACACCCCGACGUCCCCCGUCACCAGCGGCCUGCCCCUCUUCUUUGUCAUCACCGUCACUGCCAUCAAACAGGGCUAUGAGGAUUGGCUGCGGCACAACGCGGACAAUGAGGUCAACGGGGCCCCGGUGUUUGUGGUUCGAAGCGGCAGCCUGGUCCAGACGAGAUCCAAGAACAUCCGGGUGGGGGACAUCGUGCGCGUGGCUAAAGACGAGACGUUCCCGGCCGACCUGGUGCUGCUGUCGUCGGACCGCUCCGAGGGCACCUGUCACAUCACUACGGCCAGCCUCGACGGAGAGACCAACCUCAAGACCCAUUUUUCAGUGGCAGAAACGUCAGUGUGUCAGUCGGGGUCCAGGCUGGAGUCCUUGCAGGCUGUGGUUGAGUGUCAACAGCCUGACCCUGACUUGUAUAGGUUCGUGGGGAGGAUCACUGUGACCCAGGAGGGGGAGGAGAUCGUACGUCCGCUGGGGCCGGAGAAUUUGCUGUUGCGGGGAGCCAGGUUGAAAAAUACCAAAGAGAUUUUCGGUGUGGCUGUUUACACGGGCAUGGAAUCCAAGAUGGCUCUCAACUACAAGUGCAAGUCCCAGAAACGUUCCGCAGUGGAGAAGUCCAUGAACACCUUCCUGAUCAUCUACCUGUGCAUCCUGCUGUUCGAGGCGGUGCUCAGUACCAUCCUGAAGUAUGCGUGGCAGGCGGAGAACCAGUGGGACGAGCCCUUCUACAACCAGAAGACGGAGCAGGAGAAGAACAGCAGCCCGAUCCUCAAGUUCAUCUCGGACUUCCUGGCCUUCCUGGUCCUCUACAACUACAUCAUCCCCAUCUCGCUGUACGUCACCGUGGAGAUGCAGAAGUUCUUGGGCUCCUUCUUCAUCGGCUGGGACCUGGACCUGUACCACGAGGAGAGCGACCAGAAGGCCCAGGUCAACACCUCGGACCUCAACGAGGAGCUGGGACAGGUGGAGUACGUUUUCACCGACAAAACGGGAACGCUCACGGAGAACGAGAUGUACUUCCGUGAGUGCUCCAUCAACGGGAUCAAAUACCAGGAGCUGAACGGCCGGCUGGUGCCAGAGGGCGUGAUGGAAGACACGCUGGACGGCUCCAACGCCACUCUGACGGGGGACGAGCUGCUGUUCCUCAAGGCGGUCGCUCUGUGCCACACGGUGCAGAUCAGCUACGACCAGCCCGACAGCAUGGGGGGUGGCGGGGACCCCUUCUCCCACGCCAACGGCUUCUCCUCCGGCACCAUGGAGUACUACGCCUCCUCGCCCGACGAGAAGGCCCUGGUGGAGGCCACCAAGAGGAUGGGCGUGGCCUUCAGUGGUAGCAACGGGGAAAUCAUGGAAAUCAAGACCUGCGGCAAGUCUGAAAAGUAUAAACUGCUUCAUGUCUUGGAGUUUGAUGCAAACCGUAGGAGGAUGAGUGUUAUACUGGAGUCGCCCUCAGGAGGUAAAGUGCUGUUUACCAAGGGGGCAGAGUCCGCCAUCUUGCCUUUCGCCACCAGCGGAGAUAUAGAGAAGACCAGACUGCAUGUGGAUGAGUUUGCUCUGAAGGGACUGCGGACCCUGGUGGUGGCGUGCCGGUUCUUCAGCCCGGAGUCGUACGCGGAGGUGGAGCGGCGUCUGGGCGCGGCGCGCACCGCCCUGCAGCACCGGGACGAGCGGCUGCAGGAGGCCUUCGCCUUCAUCGAGCGGGACCUGCAGCUGCUGGGGGCCACGGGGGUGGAGGACAGGCUCCAGGACAAGGUGCAGGAGACCAUCGAGGCCCUGCGCCUGGCCGGCAUCAAGGUGUGGGUGCUGACGGGGGACAAGCACGAGACGGCGGUGAGCGUCAGCCUGUCCUGCGGCCACUUCCACCGCACCAUGAACAUCCUGGAGCUGCUGCAGCAGCGCACGGACAACGAGUGUGCCGAACAGCUCCGCCUACUGGCCAGGAGGAUCAACGACGACCACGUCAUCCAGCACGGCCUGGUGGUGGACGGGGCCAGCCUGUCGCUGGCGCUACGGCAGCACGAGAAGCUCUUCAUGGACGUGUGCAAGAACUGCUCGGCCGUCCUCUGCUGCCGCAUGGCCCCCCUGCAGAAGGCCAAGGUGGUGCAUCUGUUCAAGACGUCCCCGGAGAGGCCCAUCACCUUGGCCAUCGGAGACGGGGCCAACGAUGUCAGCAUGAUCCAGGAGGCCCACGUGGGAAUAGGCAUCAUGGGGAAGGAGGGGAGGCAGGCCGUGAGAAACAGCGACUAUGCAAUCGCCCGGUUUAAGUUCCUGUCCAAGCUGCUGUUGGUCCACGGACACUUCUACUACAUACGAAUAGCUCAUCUUGUACAGUACUUUUUUUACAAGAAUGUGUGUUUUAUCACACCACAGUUUUUAUACCAGUUCUUCUGUCUGUUUUCACAACAAACCCUGUAUGACGGUGCAUACCUGACCCUAUACAACAUCUUCUUCACCUCCCUGCCCAUCCUGGUGUACAGCCUGUUUGAGCAGCUGGUCCACCCUCACGUCCUCCAGACGAAACCGGCCCUCUACAGGGACAUAAGCAGGAACUCUCUUCUCUCCUUCCGGACCUUUCUCUACUGGACUCUGCUGGGAUUCUGUCAUGCCUUCAUCUUCUUCUUCGGGUCCUACGCUCUGAUAGGAGAGGAUACCAGCCUGAAUGGCAACGGACAGAUGUUUGGGAACUGGACCUUUGGAACCCUGGUGUACACGGUCAUGGUCAUCACUGUGACACUGCAGCUGGCCUUGGAGACCCAUUACUGGACGUGGAUGAACCACUUUGUGACCUGGGGUUCCAUCACCUUCUACUUCAUCUUCUCGCUCUUCUACGGAGGCAUCAUCUGGCCCUUCGUCCAGACCCAGGACAUGUACUUCGUCUUCGUCCAGCUCCUGUCCAGCGGCUCGGCCUGGUUCACCAUCAUCAUCAUCAUCGUCACUUGUCUGUUCCCGGACAUGCUGAAGAAGGUCCUUUACCGGCACCUGCACCCCACUGGCACCCAGAAGAGCCAGUCUCUAUCAGCCCAACAGAGCCAGGGCCUCAGCUGUGUGGAGUCCCUGUGCUGCUACCAGCAUGGGCAGAGUGGCUGCACCCGCCUGGCCCGGCUGCUGGAGCAAAUGAGCGGACGCUGCCCGGCGGGCGCCUCCCACUGCACCGCCGACCCCCGCAGCAGCAACAACAGUCCGUUGAGUAGCCCGGGUUUUGUCCUGACUCCUCCCACGUCUAACGCCUACUCGGACUAGAUCAGCACGGUGUCAGACACCGAUGGUAAGCCGGCCAACCUAACCCAGACGUUACUAAUGCUGUAGGGGUGGAAUAGGGGCAUCGUCUCGGAUCAGAGAAGGUCUCCGCUUUGAAUCGGCCAGGAGGGACUCGUAGAGGUCGUUGAGGAGAGUCUGUUGAUUGAUCAUUAACUCAUUAACCUCCACCGUCGACACCCAUCCCUCACCCCUUCCUCCACCUCCACCUCCACCACCACCACCACCACCCUCCCGCCUUGCUUCUGGUUUUUCCCCACUCAUCCGUCUAACAUGCUAUGGUGGAGGCGCUCUGUCUGUCUUUAGUAGCGUCGGUCCUCACCUCGCACUAGAACCCUUCUUCAGAGCGGGGAAGGGUCCGAGGCAACAGCUCUCCCACCGCGCUGACCGGGCCAGGCUCUCUGCUCACCGCUUCCCACCCGAGUCCAAAGGCUCAGGUGGCUGUACAUAUUGAACCCCAAACACCUCAAAUCAACCACAAUUUUUUCUUUCUUUCCACCUACUAUUGUGUACACACACAAGGGGCCCUCUCUGAUUGGGCCUCACACAGGGCUCUCUCUGAUUGGGCCUCACACAGGGCUCUCUCUGAUUGGGCCACAGACAGGGCUCUCUCUGAUUGGGCCUCACACAGGGCUCUCUCUGAUUGGGCCUCACACAGGGCUCUCUCUGAUUGGGCCUCACACAGGGCUCUCUCUGAUUGGGCCUCACACAGGGCUCUCUCUGAUUGGGCCUCACACAGGGCUCUCUCUGAUUGGGCCUCACACAGGGCUCUCUCUGAUUGGGCCUCACACAGGGCUCUCUCUGAUUGGGCCUCACACAGGGCUCUCUCUGACUGGGCCUCACACAGGGCUCUCUCUGACUGGGCCUCACACAGGGCUCUCUCUGAUUGGGCCUCACACAGGGCUCUCUCUGACUGGGCCUCACACAGGGCUCUCUCUGACUGGGCCUCACACAGGGCUCUCUCUGAUUGGGCCUCACACAGGGCUCUCUCUGAUUGGGCCACACAGGGCUCUCUCUGAUUGGGCCACACACGGGGCUCUCUCUGAUUGGGCCUCUCUCUCCCUGCCAGCCUUCUAACCCCCAGCCACUGCUCCUGCUUUCAGGUCGUGGAGCGACCCGGAGAACCUCUACUCCAACGACCGCAGUAUCCUGACCCUGUCCCCCAUCGAGGCCAGCCACUGCUGACCCCCCCCCUCCCCUGGGGCCCCUGAUGGGGGGGGGUACCCCGCCUCACCUCUCGUUGGCCCCCCUCAGUACCAGUCGGUCCACCAGGGAACCACCAGCGUGUCUCUGGGAGACACAUGACAUUAACAGCUGACGCAGCGUGGAGUGUGCGUGGUGCCCGCCUGGUUUGAGCUGCUCCCACCGCACACACUCCACGUGGAGGGGUUCCCCAAACGUCCAAAAGACACGGAAUAGACUUUUGAUCGACCAAAACGUAUUCGGCUGGGAAUUGAAGCACAAAAUAGAUUUGCUCCAACCAAUUGCAAACACCCUUGCUGCAGAGGCUGGCCAAUCAGAAGGCCUCCCUGAAGCUCAGAGAUGGAGGAUCAGUAGGACCCCUGUCCCCCAUAGCCCCCCCCCCCCCUCCCCGGGUCUGGCAAUAGCUUUACUUGGGAGCCCAGCUACUCAAAGGCCUUAUCACGGUACCAAAGACCAAAGACACGAGUUAAUGAGAGAAAGCGCUUUAUUUUUGUGCCCGAUUGUACAGAAAGUUGAUUAUUGUAAAGACGACUAUUCUUAAUAAUAUUAUCAUUGUUCUGUUGAACAUUGUCCUCCUCUCUAGCUGAGGCCGGUGAGGGGUGGGGGGGAUAUAAAACAUAUCCUCAGAUCAUUCAUUUAAAGGAAGUUUACUCGUACAUCCAAAUCUCCCACAGUCCACAGUCCAUAAGUCCACAGUCCAGCAUCGCUUCCCUCCUCAAACGCCUUCAUCUCCAUUUGUUUAUGAUUUCACCCGAUGACCAAAACCAUCCUUGCACUAAAGGAAGUGACAUCACAGCCCUUAGAGGCGACCACAUCCUGCGAAGGCAAUGUCCCACUGAUCGACCGACAGAGUACUCUUUGGAGAUCGCCGUUGACAUGUUACGUUUAUUUCAGAAAAAAAAAAAUAUCAGGGUUUUAGUGUAACGAUGGUUUGUGCUCUGCACGGCUGCUCCUGAUCUCUGUCCCGGUCGGAGAACAUUCCGGCCCACACUGCUUCAAAGAGACAAUUAGGAUUUAGAAUGUAAAGUAAGUAAUGACUUUACAGGCAGAGCUUUUUGCACAUUUGUUUCAUCACAUGUCCCUUUCAUGUUAUGUUGGGUUUGCCUUGAUCCUGUCUUGCAUACAUUUUCCAUUGCAUACCGUUUUGUUCAUCAUUGAAAUCAUCACAAUCAUGUAAUAAUCGGCAUAUUGUUGUGCCAUGUGUUGCUUAUGUGUAUCUCCGGUACGGAUGGCUAGCCGCUCUCCUUAAGGAGCUUCUCCCCAGGACGCCCCUAGGCUGACCCAGCUUGUCCCUCCCUCCUGAUGAGGAGUCUGACCUUCUUGAUCUGAGGUGUCUGAGGAGGCCACAUCAGGGUGGGGGCCAGGAGCUGGGCAUGAUGAAGCGACUCCAGGUUAAUCUAAACUGAACCAAGCCAUCGAUGGCGGGUUGGGAACUCUUUUAAGACAACCGUUUUGAACUCGCUGUCAUCAACCCUGUUGCUCACACGGAACACGCGUUUGAAGAAUUGUUGUUAGCGUUGCGUGGCGUCUAUGCAAAGCAGUCGAAUUGUUAAACGGUUAUAGACUCACCGAUUUAUUUUUGUUGAACCAGUGGUUUCCCUUGAAUCACUUUAAAUCAUAUUUUGGGAAAAUGAAUACAUGUCUGAUAACACCUUUUAUAUAUUUAAUAUCACAGUGCAUCUUAUUCUGUUAAGUCGUGCUUGUUCUUUGCAUAUAUCUGUACAGCUUGAAUACGUCUUCUACCCAACAGAAUCCCCGUACUAUCCAAAUAGAUCACAAGGAAUCAUUGAUCUGUGAGGCAGUGGGGUUUGGGUGAGAACGGGUUGGGUCGUCAUGACUCACUUUGCUUUUUUCCAAAUAAUAUGAGAACACAAUGUCAUGAAAAUGGUAUCACAUUAAGAUUUUCUUAAGAAUGUUCUCAGCACUAUAUCUCGCAGCUGUUUAAGAAGGUAAUUUUCAGCGGUAUCUCUAAAUUUGAUCUGGUCUCAAACGGUGUACUCGUACUCAAACGGUUAUCGCACUGCAGGCAUUGAUCCACUGAAGCUGCAGAUGCAGCCUUUGGUGCAAUAUGUUUAGGAACCCACGAGAAUCUCCCAAAAAUCAAUGCAUUGAUGGACUGAUGAGGCAGAAAUAGAAAUAUGUGGGAAUAUUAUCAACCCCUCGGGUGAUCUGGAUCAGUGGUGCUCUCUUGUGACUUUGAAUAGGCAUAUCGAUCAUUAUAAAUAGUUAUUUAAGUGAAAAGAUGGGACAUAAAGAGCUUUUUUUUGUGGUCUGGUUAAAGUUAUGCUAGGGUGUAUUUCUUGCCAUUUUCUAGGUCUAUAAAAGAACGGAAGGCUUUUGGAAAGUAGUUUAGUGUUUUCUCAGUGGAUCGACCACAGGUAACAUUUUUGAAAACCUGAACAGGAGAAUGUCAACGUUUAUUUAUUGUUGUUUUAUCGAUUAAUAUGUCAGUGACUCACCAUCCACCUGUAAGACCAACGUCUUGAUACAAAUUAAGGAUUUUAAAUGUUUAAUGUGUUGGAAGACAUUGAUAUACCUCUCCCAUCUGCAAUAAUCGUGUCACUGCCCAGAACGCAGGCUACUCCUCUGCACCUUGUGUGUUUCUGUUUGAGCAUGUUUUGCUGUUUUUGUCUUCAUGCCUUCUCUGUAGGCUGUCAUAUGGCUGACGAUGUUAUUGAAAAGUUAUAUUUACGGAAUAAAUAAUUUUUUUAAAGAAUGAA